AUGGCGACACCUGUUGACGUGAAAUCUAUAUCCAAGACCUCGAUCACCUCUAAAGGGAGCGAUACCGUUGUGGUCAAGACACGCGAACACCCAUACUCUGACACCUCUUCUUCAUCGCUGGAGGCUGGCCUAAGUGAUGAUGAUGACGACGAGAAUACUGAAGGAUACGACAAGACACUCCAAUGGACCGAGGAUGAAGAGCGAAGGAUUGUUCGUAAAUUGGAUUUCCGAUUAAUGCCAUUCAUGUUGAUCAUGUCCUUUGUUCUCAAUAUGGAUCGUACCAAUCUUUCCAAUGCCAUUUCAGAUGAUCUUGCAAAGGAUCUCGGGUUCACCAAUGAUGGCGUCAACGUUACCAUUAUGGUGUAUUCAGUGCUUUUUACCAUAUUCACACUUCCAUCCAACUUUAUUUCAAAACGUAUCGGUGCUCACCUUUGGAUUCCCAUCAUGAUGAAUUCCUGGGGUAUUGUUACGUGGGCCCAUUCUCUUGUUCAUAACUAUGCUUCAUUUUUCGUGGUGCGUAUGCUCAUUGCUGUCACUGAAGCUGGUUUUAUCCCUGCAUGCCUUUAUUACCUCACCGGAUGGUACAAGACAACUGAACUUGCGACACGCCUUGCAUGCUUUUGGGGCGUUCAAUCAUUUGCAUCAGCAUUCUCGGGCCUUAUCUCUUUUGGUAUUUUUCGCAUGAGUGGUAUGGGUGGUCUUGAAGGAUGGAAAUGGCUUUUCUUGCUCGAUGGCAUCUUUACCCAUAUUAUUGGUGUUACCGCUUUCUUUUAUUUACCAUCACGUCCUUCACGCACUCAAGGUGUUUUACGUGGUCGCAAGGGAUGGUUUGAUGAACGAGAGACGAAGAUUGCAGUAACACGGCUGAUUCGUGACGACAAGAGCAAAACUGAACAACAUUCUCGUAUAACAUGGGAUGAUGUCAAGGAGUGUUUUCUUGAUACCAAGGUGUGGAUGCAUCUCAUUGCCACUUUUGUUGGAUUCAUGACUCAGACACCUACAACAACCUACCUCCCCACCAUCAUCAAAGAUAAUGGGUUUUCAGUGACCAAUGCCAACCUACUCACCGUACCAGCUUACAUCAUCAACCUUAUAUUCUCAAUCAUUAUUGCAUGGAGCUCUGACCGACACGGCGAAGUCGCAUUUCAUGCCUUGAUCAGCGUAUUUUGGCAACUGGGUUCCUUCAUUGCAUUGCGUACACUACCAGUGGACGCGGGUCGAUGGAGUAUUUAUGCAGCAGCCAUGAUGGCUGUUGCUGCACCAAGCUGGCAUGGCAUGCACAUUGCAUGGUUAUCAUCCAAUGCAGCCCCUGUUGGCAAGCGUGCUUUGGCUCUCAGCAUGAUGGUUGGUUUUGCUAAUCUUAGCCAUGUCCCAGGUGCCAUGUUUUACCAAACAUGGGAUGCACCACGCUAUUACUAUGGCAACACCAUUUGCAUAGCCCUUCAAUCGGUGUUGGCUAUUCUAUUCCUCUCUCUUCGUUUCCGAUACUCACUCACCAACCGCUGGCGGACGUACAAGUGGGAAAGGAUGUCACAGGAAGAGAAAAAGCAUUACAUUCAAACCACAAAGGCAAAAGGCAGCAAUCGUCUCGAUUUUCGAUUUAGGAUUUAA